UAAAAUAUCUUUUUUUUUUUAGGAAAGUAAAACAAAAUAUCUACUCCAUGAAACACCCCUCCCAAGUCCCAACUCCAACCUUCAAUUCAAAGCCCCAUAAGUAUCACCAAGUAAUGAUUUUCCUCAAGCUUUCUCAUCACCAAUCAACCUAGUAAAUACCACCUUAACCCCUCUUUCUUCCUUUUCUUCUUAAACAAAAAGGAGUGGGGAGAGAGACAGAGACAGAGACAGAGACAGAGAAAAAAUGUCUGUCAUAGCAGCGAAUGCUCAAAUUCUGUACAGGGAAUUUCACCACCGAGACCAACAGCAGCAGUAUUCAAUGAGCAGUGGGAGAUUUUUGAUUUUGCAAAGAAGUUGUUCGUCUGGGUAUUGGGUUGAUAGAAGAAACAGAGAGUGCAAGAAGAGUUUGAGAAGAGACAUUAGAGUGGAUGCGUUUUGGCCAGACUUGUCAAGACCCACAACUGUUGAGAUGGAACACAUCAACGAUAGUGAUCACCUUGAUCAGAUUCUACUCCUAGCACAAAAGCACUCCGAACCCAUUAUCAUCGACUGGAUGGCUACUUGGUGCCGCAAAUGCAUCUACUUGAAGCCUAAGUUGGAGAAAUUGGCUGCUGAGCUUGAUACCAAGGCCAAAUUUUAUUGGGUGGAUGUCAACAAGGUACCUCAAACUCUAGUCAAGCGGGGAAACAUCUCUAAGAUGCCAACAAUUCAGCUAUGGAAAGAUGGAGAGAUGAAAGCAGAAGUAAUAGGAGGGCAUAAGGCCUGGCUUGUGGUUGAUGAAGUGAGAGAAAUGAUCCAAAAGUUUGUCUAACUUACUCUUGGCACUUCUCUCUUUUUACAAAUUCUUGUUUAUAUUUUUUCCCUCUUAUAUUGCAGUCAUGCGUAUAUCAUAUGGUACAGUAUUAUUUCCUUCCCUAUAGUCUAUAACGGGUACUUUGAGGGAUGAAAUCUAACUUUUUUGCCCAUUGCAUUCCGUGUCACCACCUUGGAUGUUUCAAUUUUGAGACAAUUGGCACCUUCUCAUCUUAUAAGUUCUAGGGGAAAGAUGAAGUCGUAGGUCUAAGACUCAUUAAAUGUAUGUACAACUUAUUAAUAAUUACUAUU